GUUUGAGCCUGGUUUACCCUCUCCAGGUGUCCGCGUCCUCUGGGUUCCACUCUGGACUUUGAAGCUUUGUGUUUCCUCUUCAAAACCCCCCUUUCUGAUGGAAAGAUCCUGCUGUUAAAGAGGAGGAAGGCAUUAUCUCUCUCAAGCCGGCAUCGUAAUGCUAGCAGACUUUAUUCUGGUGCUCAGCACCCUUGGGGUCACCCACUCAGCCGCUGCGGGAUUCAAGUCCAUAGCCGAAGAAGAAGAUGCACUGCUCAGACACUUAUUCCAAGGUUACCAGAAAUGGGUUCGCCCCGUCUUACACUCCAACGACACCAUAAAAGUCUACUUUGGAUUGAAAAUCUCUCAGCUGGUGGAUGUGGAUGAAAAGAAUCAGUUGAUGACAACAAACGUGUGGCUCAAACAGGAAUGGACAGACCACAAGUUACGCUGGAAUCCGGAUGAAUACGGUGGGAUUCAUUCGAUUAAAGUUCCAUCAGAAUCUCUCUGGCUUCCUGACAUAGUUCUCUUUGAAAACGCGGACGGCCGGUUCGAAGGCUCGCUCAUGACCAAGGCUGUCGUCAGAUCGGACGGCACCGUGGUGUGGACGCCUCCCGCCAGCUACAAGAGUUCCUGCGCCAUGGACGUCACCUUCUUCCCGUUCGACCGGCAGAACUGCUCCAUGAAGUUCGGCUCCUGGACUUACGACGGGGCCAUGGUGGACCUCGUCCUCACAGACGAGAACGUGGACCGCAAGGACUUCUUCGACAACGGAGAGUGGGAGAUCCUGAACGCCAAGGGCACGGCCGGGGGCCGGAGGGACGGCGCCUACUGGUACCCGUUCAUCAGCUACUCCUUCGUGCUGCGCCGCCUGCCGCUGUUCUACACGCUCUUCCUCAUCAUCCCCUGCCUGGGGCUGUCCUUCCUGACCGUGCUGGUCUUCUACUUGCCUUCCGACGAGGGCGAGAAGCUCUCCUUAUCCACCUCUGUCUUGGUUUCCCUGACGGUCUUCCUCCUGGUGAUUGAGGAGAUCAUCCCGUCUUCCUCCAAGGUCAUCCCGCUCAUCGGGGAGUACCUCCUGUUCAUCAUGGUCUUCGUCACCCUGUCCAUCAUCGUCACCGUGUUUGUCAUCAACGUCCACCACAGAUCUUCCGCCACCUACCACCCCAUGGCCCCCUGGGUUAAGCGGCUCUUUCUGCAAACCCUUCCUAAGUUACUCUGCAUGAAGGACCACGUGGAUCGCUACUCUCUCCCGGGUAAAGAGGAGAGGAAACCUGCCGUGAGAGGUCAAGUCUUCGAAAGAAAAAAACAAAAGCAGAUGAGUGAUGGAGAAAAAGUGCUGGUUGCUUUCCUGGAAAAGGCGGCAGAUUCCAUCAGAUACAUUUCCAGCCACGUGAAGAAGGAGCAUUUCAUCAGCCAGGUGGUGCAAGACUGGAAGUUCGCGGCUCAAGUUCUCGACCGGAUCUUCCUGUGGCUCUUUCUGAUCGCCUCCGUCACCGGCUCGGUCCUGAUUUUCACCCCUGCUUUGAAGAUGUGGCUACACAGUUACCAUUAGGAGCAGGUCUCCAGAGCGAGCUAACACACGCCCCUAAAGACAGAAUCACACCUUAGAGCCGACAUCCAGCCCCCAUGUGUAUACAGCAUGCACACGCACGUGCUCGUCAGGAGGCCCCGAGGGUGGACAGUGUCUUGUGUCGUCCUCAGCGAGGCUGAACCUCGAUUGCCAUGACAGCGAGCUGGGUGUCAAUUAAGCAGACCCUCCUCAGACCCUGGCUUUGGCUUCCGCAGACCUUCGGGGAGGAAUUGUGAGUCCGGGUCUGAGUUCGUGAGCCUGCAACACACAAGGACGGUUGCUGUGUUUCACCAAGAACUCCAGGAAA